AUGGCGGCCAAAGCGGGUCACGUUACUGCCGGCGAUCCAGAUUCGCAACCGCAGAAACAUCGGAGGCUACAUCAACUGCUAGCAAAGUGUAGCGACGUGAAAAGUAUUGUUUUUUUCCUCACAUGUACAGCCUUUCUCUUCCACUUUUCUACCGGCAUUCUCUAUCGACUUGUCUACCAUUCGCCGUCUAGUGUCACGACGCUAUCGCCACCGCAACUUCUAAACGUUUCAACAGUUGAGCCGCCUAUGACCGCUGCUGAACAAGAAUUUGACAUCAUCGAUACCUUUGAGACAGAAGAUAAAAUAACUUUGGUGAGAAUCUUGAAUGAAGCAUCAAUGAAGGAGAAGAAAACGGUGAUCGUAACGAUGAUGAAUCAGGCUUGGGCAGAGCCAAAUUCGACCUUUGAUGCAUUUCUUGACGGUUUCUACGCCGGCGAAGGGACGGAGAGGCUGCUACGUCACGUGGUGGUGGUGUGUUUGGACAAUGAGGCCUACUCACGGUGCAAUGAGGUCCAUCCUCGCCGUUGCUUCUUGCUGAAGACUACCGGAGUUGAUUUCUCUGGCGAGAAGCUGUUCAUGGUCCCGGAUUAUCUCAGGAUGAUGUGGCGUCGAACCGAGUUCUUGGGUUCUUUGCUUAAGCUCGGAUAUAACUUCCUCUUCACGGACAUGGAUACAAUGUGGCUUCGAGAUCCAUUCACUCGGUUAUUUUCAGAAGUAGAUUUUCAAGUUGCUGGCGAUUACUACCGCUUCAACGGCAAUUCCAGUGAUCUCCGAAAUAAAGUUAAUGGAGGCUUCAAUUUCGUUGUGGCAAACCGCAAAACAGUCGAAUUCUACAACUAUUGGUAUGCAUCGAGGCUGAGAUUCCCCGGGAAAAAUGAGCAGGUCGUACUCGAACGGAUAAAGCAUGAUCUUUAUAUCAAACAAAUAGGGCUCACAAUUAGGAUUCUUGAUCCGGUUUACUUUGGAAAUUUCUGCCAACCAAAAUGGAAUAUCAGCAAAGUCUGCAUAAUGCAUGGUAAUUGCUGCAGUGGGAAAAGGACCAAGGUUAAAGAUUUGAGACAUGUUCUUCAGGAUUGGCAAAAUUAUAUGUCGGUGGUGGCUUCAGGGAAGGCUGAUGGCCACAAAUUAGGGUUUCGAAAGCCGAUGAAUUGUUGGAGAAGAGGAAGGCGACAUUAA